ACAAACAACCGUAAAAAAGCCUAAAAGGAGCUGCAACUCAGGUCAGAGACUGCCCCAUCACAUGGCUUCCCAAACCGGAAGUUGCAAGCGGUUGAUAGCCACCAUAACCUUAGUGGUCGCCGCAGCUCUCUCUGCCUCCUCAGCCCUCUCUCUAUAUUUCUGGAGGAGAAAAUCGAGGGGGUUGGAAUCCAAGGUACGAGAGCUCGAGAAAUCCGUCAAGUCUUCAUUGGACAUGUGUGCUGCUGAGAGGCAAGGUCGUAUUCGGGCUCAGCAGGCAUUAAGGAAAGCACUAUCACAUCCUAAUUCUGACAAUUUGGAGUUGUCUUCUUAUCCCAUGGCACCUAUUGGCAUCAUUCAAUCAUGCUUCUCUACGAGGAAUGGAACACCCAGGCAACCUUUACUUGUACCCCUUGCUAGGGCAUGUUUGGUAUUUAAUUCUUGUCGGGUUCCUCCUGCAUCCCUUGAGGGUCUUGGAGAAUAUUCUCAUUGCUGGAUUAUAUAUGUAUUUCACCUAAAUACAGAUCUGGAUAAGUUAUGGAAGGAACCAUCUAAAUCGCGGUUCAAGGCGAAGGUGAGAGUACCAAGAUUGAAAGGUGGAAAGAUGGGAGUGUUUGCUACACGAUCUCCACAUCGACCAUGCCCUAUUGGGCUCACCGUUGCAAAGGUGGAGGCUGUACAAAAAAAUAUGGUUCUUCUUUCUGGUGUGGAUCUGGUUGAUGCAACACCUGUGCUUGAUGUCAAACCUUAUCUACCAUACUGUGAUGCAGUUGAAGGAGCAAAAGUGCCGAAGUGGGUAGCGGAGGACAAUUUGUUGGCAGUAGCUUCUGUUAGCUUCUCUGAGGGUUUCCCUUCCACUCUUGCUGAUUGUUGGGCUACAAUAAGUAAGAAGUCACUCUAUGCAUCACCAGAUGAGUUGCAAAGCUUAAUAAAGCAGGUGCUUUCAUGGGAUAUUCGGUCACUGUCUCAGAGAAAUCGACCUCAUGAUUAUGGCGCUGAGACAAGAAAUGGUAAACAGUCUGGUAAUGAUUCUGAUUCAGACAGUUGCAAAGAUGAAGAAGCUUCUACCCUCAGAACUGAUCCGGCUUCUCUUUCUGUCGGAGAUAUAAUUUAUCACCUGCAUUUGGAAGGAAUGGAUGUCUCCUAUAGAAUUGAUUGCCAUGGAAAUGUCGUCGUUGAGAAAGUCGCAAUUUCAUCUGACAUCCCGAACAGUCUUCGAAAACCGCUGCAAUCACGCAAUAUGGAUAGACAAAUUUUGACUCAAGGUGUUUGGACCUGAUAUUGUGGAUUCAAUGCUUAGGAUUCCUAAUAACUUUGAUUUCCAAAAGUUUCCUUGAAACGAUUGGGUUCCCCAGCAUUUUCCAAUGCGAGGCAAGACCUGGAAAUAGCAUUUUUGGUUAUAUUAAUUUAUUUUUUAUUAA